AUGCUCACACCUCGGUUGCCGUUCCUUUACCCUAAUUUCAUGCGAGCUAUCCGACUUUGUGAACCAAGAAUACUCCACGCCGUCCCACUCGCUAGGCCCCGAAGGCCAUUUCACACUAGUCACCUCCGCAAACAGCAAUCCUACCAGCGACGAUAUGGCCCAGCAGUGGAACCAAGUAUACCUCCAUCCCUGCAUUCACACGAGAACCCCCCGAUACAACCCACAGAUGUCUCAGGCUCCGGGGCGGCUAGUGAGGACGUAGACAAUACAGAGGGAAAUCGCUCGGCAUCGGAGCAGUCAUUAUCGGAUUCGCAAACACCGCCAGAGCCACAAGCACAAGCGGAGGAACAGGCUUCCGAGUCUCAAAAUGACCCAUCCGAUGCUGCAGCUUCAUACUUAUCGGAGCAAGUUGCAGCUGACUCUGCCAAAAGUGCUCCCGCUGCCUCGGAGCAACCUCAGGAGCAAGGAUCGGAUGCGGAGACCACAACAAGCGCGUCAGCUUCAUUUCCGUUUGAAGAUGUAGGGGAAGGAACGUCUCACAUAAGUCCAUAUGCAAACAGCAACAGCUCAUUCGAAGAAGUCUACCACAUGCCAUCUCCAUCGACAUAUCUCACUCCCACGGAUCCAUCAAAUGCCGAACAUAAACCGCCACACAUGUCGCCAGCGCCAUAUGUCCACCAUUUCGAUACCUACUCCCUCGUGCAAGACCUGUCUAAAGGUGGCUUCACCCAUGAGCAAUCCACGACAAUCAUGAAAGCCGUACGGACGAUUCUACAAAAGAACCUUGACUUUGCCCAGCAGAGCUUGACUUCCAAAUCAGACGAAGAAAACGAGUCGUAUCUAUUCAAAGCAGCCUGCUCGGAGCUCCAGCAGUCGCUUCAAAUGGCCCGCGCAUCGGAAGUUCAAAGGCAAAGAGCUUCUCGGGGACAGCUGGAACAUGAGACGGAUAUACUAUCUCAACGCCUGAACCAGGAGCUUGCGGGUAUGAAGGAUGAAAUCAAGGGCAUGUUCAAUGACCACAAGAUGAGCACUCGUGAGCAACAACGUGUGAUCGACACAUCGGAUCAAGAAUUGAACUACAAGAUUACUGUCUCGCUUAACAGCGAUGGAAAGAGCGAGAUCGAAGGCCUAAGAUGGAUUUUGACAAGACGUGCUGCUAUGGCAGUUGCUACCUGUGCCUUUAUGAUGAUACUGUUUUUGAAGUACGCCUCUACUCGCAAGCCGCAGGAGCCAGCCAAGCCAGCCGAGGUUGAGAAACCCGUCAAGGAAGUCACGAAAGAAACUCGGGUCAUCCAAGAAACCUCAAGCCAGUCUAAGGUGCCUUCUAUUGCUGUGGCGCACCUUGGAGAGUCACUGGGCUGA